UGCCGUCUACACCCGCGGCCGGAGCCCGGUGGGUGCCCAGCCUCUCGCGUCUGCCCGUCUGUCUACACCCGACACCCGCGCGGCUGGAGCCCCGGGGCCCGUGAGUGCCUGGCCUCUGCCGUCUACACCCGCGGCCCGAGCCCGGUGGGUGCCCAGCCUCUCUCGCCUCUGCCUGGCCUGUCUUCACCCGCUGCCACCGCGACCGAGCCCCGGCCGCGGAAUGAAGCCCAGGGACUCAAGUGCACAAGGCAAAGCGCUUUGCCACUGAACCACCAGCCCAGCACACGAAGAAGCGCUGAAGUCAGAGCCCAUGGCUGUCUUCACUUUGUUCCAAACAACCUUCCUCAUGGCCUCUCUGUCCUUGAGCGUGUGUCACAGUGAAGGCCUGCACUACAAAUCCACCGCUCCUGGAGGCCACUUCCCCCAUUUUAUCGGAUGGGACAGAAAUUCAGGUUGCUUCAGACCCCUCAAACAAGAGUUCUUGUCUGAAUCGCCACCGUGGGCUCCCGAGUCCCUGAGAGUCUUCCCCAACUCUCCACAGCAGCGUUUGCAUUUACAAUGGACGGUUCACAGCCUUGACCAUCAGCAGCUGAAGCGACUGAACGUGGUUUUUCAGAUACAGAUCAGUAGAGUGAACACAGAGAAGGUUAUCUGGGUGGAGAACUACACCACCGCUGUGGAUGGGGACCACGUUCUGCGCUGGAGCUGGGAGUCUGAGCUGCCUCUGGAGUGUGCCACACACUUCGUCAGAAUCCGGGGUCUCGCAGGUGACGCCAAGGCCCCAGGACUCAGAUUCUGGAGCCAAUGGACUUCCUGGGAGAAAGUGGAUGGUAAGGAGUGAGGGGAUAAGGGAGUG